UUUGUUGUUGUUUGUUUGAUAUUUUCUUCCAAUUUCUCAAUUAUUCCAAAUGUUAUUUUCUUUUACGUCUUUACUCUCUUGCAAUGGAUUUCUCUCCCAUCAACUGCCUCAUUUUCGAUUUGGAUGACACAUUAUACCCUCUGAAAACUGGAUUAGCGCCAGCGGUCAAAAAAAACAUCGACGAUUUUCUAGUGGAGAAAUUUGGAUUCCCAGAAAGUAAAGCUUCAAGUUUAAGAGUUGAGCUCUUCAAGACUUAUGGGAGUACUCUUGCUGGUCUCAGGGCGUUAGGCCACGAUGUUCAUCCUGAUGAAUACCACAGUUUCGUACACGGAAGAUUACCGUAUGGCUCGAUCGAACCAAACAACAAGCUACGUAACCUUCUUAACAAAAUCAAACAGAGGAAAAUUAUAUUUACCAAUUCCGACAGGAACCAUGCGGUGACGGUGUUAAAGAAACUGGGGUUAGAAGAUUGCUUCGAAGAGAUGAUCUGCUUCGAGACGAUGAAUCCGAAUUUAUUCGGAUCAACGACAACAACACGACCCGAUGAGCAUCCUGUCGUUCUCAAACCAUCCUUGGCCGCUAUGGACAUUUGCAUCCGUGUAGCUAACGUUGACCCUCGCCGAACGGUGUUUUUGGAUGAUAAUAUCCACAAUAUUACCGCCGGUAAAUCUGUCGGCCUUCGCACAAUCUUGGUGGGGAGAGCAGAAAAGACUAACGAAGCUGACUAUGCGGUAGAGACGGUGACUGAGAUAGCUACGGAGGUGCCGGAGAUAUGGACGACGGCAACGGCUACGGGAGGUGAGAGAAUCAGACGGAGCAAGAGUGAGCUGGAGGGUAUGGUAUCAAUCACAGCCGUCGGUGCGUGACGUGAUGGAGUGAGAGAAUGAUGUGGCCGUUGGAUCCUUUUUAACGUUUAGUAGUUUGGGUUUGUACAGAUUGGAGCGUUAAAAAGAUGUUUGUUGAUAAUGCGCAUUGUGAAUAGAAUAAUAAUAAUUGUGGUGGUGGAGAAUAUCCAUCCCAUGUGGACACCAAUUGUGAAUAAAUCAAUCAAAAUAUUAUCUCAUGUAUGAUGACAAUGAUUUCAAUAUGUUUACAUUUUUAAGUCCUUUUUA